AUGGGAACGUUGCGGAUUCGGAGGGAGGACGGAGAAUUCACUCUGUUCUUCCGGAAGGUCAGUCCGUUUUCCAACCACCAUCCGGCGGAUUUCGAUUGCGACGGAGCGAUAAAUUCAACGGAAAUGAAAAGAUUUUCGUGCACAGAACAGUAUUACAUGUGAGGGAAACGGAAACGAAUUCGUGGAGAGACCCACAUAGAUUACAGGUUUAAUAAGGCUUCUCUUCUGAUGGAUCGCCAGUUGAUGAAGUCUGUUCUGGAUUCGGUCAGUCCGAGAGAAAUGAAGACGAUGUGCUCAAAAGGAGCACUCAAAGGCUGGAGUGAUUCUGUGUACGUUCGAGGUAAAGAAGACGUCGCAAAGUGCGGGUUUUCAGAUGGAACGAACACAAAGAGUCGGUGAUGUACACGGGAUGCACGGCCAAGUUCCGCGCCCUCCGGCACCUCCGAUUCGCGCUUUUCCUCUCGACCGGCAGCCGACUCGUCGAGUGCAGUCCGUUCGACACCGUUUGGGGAAUAGGUACUCAUGUUUUCGCUUACUUUCCCUCGUCGCCCUUUUCUUUCCUUUUUAACCAUUUGAUCGGGUUAAAUUUGCAGAGAAAUCUGAAAAAUGAGUGAUUAUUGGGAAUGGAAAGAAAAGGACGACGGAAAUAUGGGUGAGAACACAGGCAAAGACAUCGAGACGGCUGUUUCGGGCGCGAUCAACACGGGAAAGAAUCUGCUGGGAACGAUUUUGGACAGAGUUCGAGAGGAAUUGUGGCAAGAUCCAGAGUUUCGGUGAGACGGAUUCGGAAGGGAAAAACGAGAAAUUAUGAGUUUGAAGGGACGAAAAAGAAUACGUGGAAAAACGGAUUCGGGAGGAUGGAGACUAUCUUCUGCAGGCCAUGAAGCACGUUGAUCUGAUGUACAAGGCGCGAGCCAAGAUGCGAUUUCAGUGAGCAAACCAGGCCAUACAGCUAUUUGAACUCAAAACAGGUGUUUUACAGAAUCUUGAAAGGAAGAGAGCCGAGAGACGUCGAGUAUUACUUGACUUCAGAGGUUCGAGGUCUUCUCCCGGAAUGGGCAUUCCCGCCACGACUCGACGGAACAGAACGCAUCGAACCGUCGCCUGCGCAGUUUACUCACUUCAGGGAUGAUUAUGGAUCAAUCCCUAUCAAUUCGGUUUCGUUCGGCGCUCGUACUCGCUCUGUGACCCCACCGUUCCGGAAUAGACGGGGAAGCAGACUGUUCGGAAGACUAACGAGAACUGAGCAAGUGCCGAUUGUUCGGCGGAGAAUGGAACGAAGCUCUUCUCGAUCUUCUAGUUCCACGUAUAUCAGGAGUCGGAGCAGUGCGAGCAGAAGACGUCGAUGUCUAAGUUCUGGGAGCUCGUUGAGAAGAGUCACACGGAGCAGAAGCAGAGACAAACAUCGGAAGCGACACAGCAAACACCGACGAGACAGUAGGUCUCGGACUAGAUCUCGUUCCCGGACACCGAUGAAUCGGAAAGAGAGAAGAGCUGCGAUGAGAAGAUCGAGAGAAAGCGGAAGCCGGAGGAGCAGUGUCGAGAGGCACAGAAGGCGUCGGUCCCGCUCCCGAAGCGGCAGAAAACGUUCGCGGAGAUCUGAAUCAAAAGAGGAAAGGAGACGGAAAGAGAGGUAUCUGCCGAAAGCAAGUUCUUGAUAAAGUUUGUCCUUUCAGGCGUCGUCGCAGCUCAUCGUCCGCAGAAAAAGACUGUUCGCGGCGUGAUCAAAGUCCCACAUUCGUUAUGA